UCUUUCCUUGUUCUGGCUCGUGACCGUUCGUACAAAUCCUCUGACUCUCCAGGCGUCCGCGCACUUGGUUUUCCUGAGAAGGAUUUACUCAAGGACACAGACAGAAACCGUCUCCGCCAGUCAAGAGACCCUCCCAAGCACUUUGCCAUGGAUGUAGAAGAUGAAGAAAACAUGAGUUCAAGCAGCACAGAUGUUAAGGAAAGCUGCGGUCUGGACAGCAUGCCCCCCAAGGACGGCAGCGCCCCCGGGCCUGGCGAGGGCAUCCCGCUCUCCAACGGGGGCGGCGGGGGCACCGGCCGGAAGCGGCCCCUGGAGGAGGGCAGCAACGGCCACUCCAAGUUCCGCCUGAAGAAGAGGAGGCGGCCGCCCGGGCCCGCGCUGCCCAAGAACGCCCUGAUGCAACUGAACGAGAUCAAGCCCGGCCUGCAGUAUGCGCUGCUGUCGCAGACGGGGCCGGUGCACGCGCCCCUGUUCGUCAUGUCCGUCGAAGUGAACGGGCAGGUGUUCGAGGGCUCCGGCCCCACCAAGAAGAAGGCCAAGCUGCACGCGGCGGAGAAGGCCCUGCGCUCUUUCGUUCAGUUCCCCAACGCCUCCGAGGCGCACCUGGCCAUGGGCAGGACCCUGUCCACCAACACGGACUUCACGUCCGACCAGGCCGACUUCCCCGACACGCUCUUCAACGGCUUCGAGACCCCGGACAGGUCGGACGCGCCCUUCUACCUGGGCUCCAAUGGCGACGACUCCUUUAGUUCCAGCGGGGACCUCAGCCUGGCCGCGUCCCCGGCGCCCGCCGGCCUCGCACAGCCGCCCCUCCCCGGCCCUCCGCCGUUCCCGCCCCCGAGCGGGAAGAACCCUGUGAUGAUCCUGAACGAGCUGCGGCCGGGACUCAAGUACGACUUCCUGUCGGAGAGCGGGGAGAGCCACGCCAAGAGCUUUGUCAUGUCCGUGGUGGUGGACGGCCAGUUCUUCGAGGGCUCGGGCAGGAACAAAAAGCUCGCUAAGGCCCGGGCUGCACAGUCGGCCCUGGCGGCCAUUUUUAAUUUGCACUUGGAUCAAACACCGUCUCGCCAGCCCAUCCCCAGCGAGGGCCUUCAGUUGCAUUUACCGCAGGUGUUAGCGGACGCCGUGGCCCGCCUGGUGCUCGACAAGUUCGGUGACCUGACAGACAACUUCGCCUCUCCUCACGCACGUAGGAAAGUCCUUGCCGGCAUCGUCAUGACAACAGGCACAGAUGUGAAAGAUGCCAAGGUGAUAAGCGUGUCUACGGGCACCAAGUGCAUCAACGGCGAGUACAUGAGUGACCGUGGCCUUGCGCUAAACGACUGCCAUGCAGAGAUCAUCGCGCGGAGAUCCUUGCUUAGAUUUCUUUAUACACAGCUUGAGCUUUACUUAAAUAGCAAAGACGAUCAAAAACGAUCCAUCUUUCAGAAGUCAGAGCGCAGCGGGUUCAGGCUGAAGGACAGCGUCCAGUUCCACCUGUACAUCAGCACGUCUCCCUGUGGGGACGCCAGAAUUUUCUCACCACACGAGCCGAUUCUGGAAGAACCAGCGGACAGGCAUCCAAACCGCAAGGCCAGAGGACAGCUGCGGACGAAAAUAGAGUCUGGCGAAGGCACGAUUCCGGUGCGGUCCAACGCCAGCCUGCAGACGUGGGACGGGGUGCUGCAGGGCGAGAGGCUGCUCACCAUGUCCUGCAGCGACAAGAUGGCCCGGUGGAACGUGGUGGGCAUCCAGGGGUCGCUGCUCAGCAUCUUCGUGGAGCCCAUUUACCUCUCGAGCAUCAUCCUGGGCAGCCUCUACCACGGGGACCACCUCUCCAGGGCCAUGUACCAGCGGAUCGCAAACAUAGAAGACCUGCCGCCGCUCUACACCCUCAACAAGCCUCUGCUCAGCGGCAUCAGCAACGCGGAAGCGCGGCAGCCAGGGAAGGCGCCCAACUUCAGCGUCAACUGGACGGUGGGUGACUCGGGCAUCGAGGUCAUCAACGCCACGACGGGGAAGGACGAGCUGGGCCGUGCGUCCCGCCUGUGUAAGCACGCCUUGUACUGUCGCUGGAUGCGUGUGCACGGCAAGGUUCCCCCCAACCUGCUUCGCUCCAGGAUCACUAAGCCCAGCACGUACCACGAGUCCAAGCUGGUGGCGAAGGAGUACCAGGCCGCCAAGGCGUGUCUGCUCAGAGCGUUCGUCAAGGCGGGGCUGGGCGCCUGGGUAGAGAAGCCCACAGAGCAGGAUCAGUUCUCUCUCACUCCCUGACCUGGGGCGCGGGGGCGCGGGGCGCCGGGCGGCCGGCGCUGGCUCUGGGACGUCCCGUGUGGACCGGGGCAGGCGUGCACGUCGGGGCGGGGGGUUGGGGCCCGGCGUCCCCACCUGGCACCUUCUGCGGCGGCGGUACCCCUUUGAUUACCCAGUGACUGCUUUCAAUCUCCGUUUACGUUUAGAAAUUGAGUUCUACUGAGUAGGGCUUCCUUAAGUUUAGGAAAGUAGAAAUUUGUGUGAAAUUUUUGAAUAAAUAAUUUAUUCAGAGUUAGGAACGUGGUUUAUAAAAUAAGUAAUUAUAUCAGGUCACUCUUACGCCACAUUAUCUUAUGUGUGAAGAAGGGGAGAGCGUAGGGAGAGAGGUAGAGGCGUGGCCUGAAGAGCGUGUCACGGCCGUGUUACCGGCGGGUCCCCUGCCCGCCCACGCGACCUUCAGUGGCUCCCCCAGCCUGCCCGGGAGAAGACCCCCACGACGGGCCCAGCCCAGCGCACACACGCGGCCCCUGGUGUGGGGACGGAGUGCGUCCGCAUGGGCAUGGCCUGGUCCCUGUAGCCGCUAGCCCCCUGGAAGCUUCUGUGCCCUCCUAGGAUUGCAUCACGGAAAACUUGGGUUAGUUCACUUCUGACUGGUCAAAGGUAAAACAUGGGCAGGAAUCGUGGCCAUUCGUUUGAGGGGUUUCUACAGUAUUCAACGCUUGGCGGCCAGGAGGAGCCCACAGAGCUGCUGCAGUUUCCUUCCUUCCUCUGAAUCUAACGGGUGUGGCUGACUCUCCAGACAUCCCCCCAGAACGGAAGUAGAGUUAAUUAGGUAGAUGUACUCAUUCUUAGAAAAUGCCACCUAAGGCAUGUUUUUAAAUCAAGCUUUAUCAAAGACGUGUUUGAAGUCAGUAUUCAAACGGCCGCGGACGCCGUCCCCACCAGGGUCUGCACGUUGAUUGUCACGGCAGGGAAGGGGUGCUGCUGGCGUCAGGGUGACCCGGGGACGCUGCCCCACACCCCACAGCGCCCAGGGUGGCCCCGGGCCGAGCCAGCAGACGGUCAGGAGCGCGGGCAGGGGUCCUGGGUGGCGCCUCGACCUGAGCUCAGAGAUUUGCACCAAUUGCCUUGUUUCUUCCACUCAGGAUCAGACAGGAACCCGAGGAGGUGCUGGGUCAGGAAGUGGGGGGUCUCGCGGGUGCCGUAGGCAGAGACGGGAGGCGCCACCCCAUCUUUGUGGACUCAGAAGACCUAGAACAGGGGCAGAGCAGCCCCUUGGCCCAGACCCCACAUGCUCAGAGCAGGAGGUUCAGACCAGAAGCACAGAGCCUCCUGGCGUCUCUGUGGGUCCCUGGGGGGCCGGUGGCACCGGUGGGUCCAGAGCAGGGACUGACCAGGCAGAGGAGCGAGCCCCGCCCACACCAGCCAGG